AUACUGAACAUCGGGUGAAUACUAAUAUAAUAAUAAUAAUAAUUAAAAAAAAAAAAAGACUUGUCUCACAAAACGACUCACUAAUAAAGCCACUCUUAACAUUUCCAGUUUGAUUCAUUCAUCAUUUCCUUCUUUAUUAUUCUCCAUUUUCUCCACUUACUCUCUGCCUCAUCACUCUGAUUCUACAACUUUGACAACAGCUGAUCAUUUUGAGACUCAAAAUCCGGCAAAUUCGGACUUUUUCAUUUGGCAAAAUGGAGAUACCAGCCCCUUCAAUUUUUUGUAGUCUCUUCUUUAUUGUGUUAUUCCUACUUCUACCAGAUACAUCAGUAUCUGAACCAAGAUCCCAGACAGUCCAGAUCAUAUGUGGAAACCAACGCGAGCAUAACACAACGAUUUUCGCUCCAAAUUUUGGUGCUACUAUGGAAACUAUAAUCCAACAAAUGAGAACUAGAGGAUAUGGAGUAGCAGUUACUGGCACUGGACCAGAUACUAACCAUGGACUUGCCCAAUGCUAUGGUGAUCUUUCGUUAUCCGACUGCGUCUUAUGUUACUCUGAAGCGCGAACUGUUCUUCCCCAGUGCUUCCCUUAUAACGGAGGGCGGAUUUAUCUUGAUGGUUGCUUUAUGAGAUCGGAAAAUUACACAUUCUAUGAACAGUACUUAGGUCCGGAAGACAGGCAUGUAUGCGGAAACAGGAUGACAAAGGGUUCGUUGUUCCAACAGAAUGCUAGGCAAGCCAUUCAGCAAGCAGUUGCAAAUGCACCAAGUAAUAAUGGCUACGCGCGUGCUCAAGUGUCAGUGCCCGGUCCUUCCAACGAGACAGCUUAUGUUCUAGCUGAUUGUUGGAGGACGCUGAGCUCAAAUUCCUGUGCAGCGUGCUUGCAAAAUGCAUCUGCCUCCAUGUUGGGAUGCUUGCCUUGGUCGGAAGGUAGAGCGCUGUACACCGGAUGCUUCAUGAGGUAUUCCGAUACAAAUUUUCUCAAUGCUAUUUCUACCAAUGGAGGCUCGUCAUCAGGAGGAAAAGUUGCAGUCAUUGUCAUCGUCGUUGUAAGUUCCAUGCUCAUUUUGGAAGUAGUUGUUGUCAUUGCUAUUUAUGUCUGGAAAAACAAGCAAAUCCAGAAGAAGAGAAAAGGCGCAAAUGAUGCCAAGAAAUUAGUGAAGAUCCUUCAUGACAACAGCUUGAACUUCAAGUAUUUGACACUUGAAAAAGCCACAGGGUCAUUUGACGUGGCCAACAAGCUCGGGCAAGGUGGAUUUGGCAUGGUUUAUAAGGGUGUUUUGGUAGAUGGGAGAGAGAUUGCUGUCAAAAGGCUGUUCAUCAACAACAAACACAGAGCUGCAGAUUUUUAUAAUGAGGUUAACAUAAUCAGUAGCGUCGAGCACAAAAAUUUGGUAAGGUUAUUGGGAUGCAGCUGCUCGGGACCGGAAAGCCUUCUUGUAUACGAGUUCCUCCCUAACCAGAGUCUUGAUCGCUUCAUAUUUGAUCCUGUCAAAGGUAAAGCUCUAAACUGGGAGAAAAGAUUCGAGAUAAUUAUAGGGACCACGGAAGGUUUGAUAUACCUACACGAGAACACAAAGACUCGAAUAAUUCACAGAGACAUAAAAGCAAGCAAUAUCCUGUUGGACUCAAGGCUUCGUGCAAAGAUUGCUGAUUUUGGGUUGGCUAGGUCAUUCCAAGAAGACAAGAGUCACAUAAGCACUACCAUUGCUGGCACAUUGGGAUAUAUGGCUCCAGAAUACGUAGCACAUGGCCAAUUGACAGAAAAAGCAGAUGUUUACGGCUUUGGGGUUCUUCUACUGGAAAUUGUAACCGGAAGGCAAAAUAACAGGAGCAAAAAUGUCGAAUACACAAAGAGCUUAGUUUCCAUUGCGUGGGACCACUUUCAACGUGGCAUAGUGGAGGAACUGUUCGAUUCGAAUCUCAUGUUGCAUAACUACCACACAAUCUACGUGAAAAAUGAGGUCGCGAGAGUUUUACAUGUCGGACUUUUGUGCACUCAAGAGAUCCCAACACUAAGGCCAUCCAUGUCUAGGGCAUUACAAAUGUUCGUCAAGAAAGACGAAAAGUUGCCUCCUCCUACUAAUCCGCCAUUCGUGGAUGAGAAAACCAUGGAACUUCAUGACCCUUGGGAGAAGUACUCUCUUAAAGAAGGCGAUUCUGCUUCGAUUGCCAACUUAUCCCAUAGUUCUUUUUACCCCAGAUGAUGGUGUCCGGCCCGGUGCUUUGAAACUGAUGUUGUUGAAGUAGACUUCAUCAUGAUCGAGCUGUUAGUUACAACAACGCCUCAGUCCCAAACAAUUUGGGAUCUGGCUAGAUGAAUCCUCAUUGUUCCAUUUAAGCUCAAUUUGUGAUCUAGCAGUUAGUUGCUCUAAUAGUUUUGUUCCUAGCUAGAGAUGCUUGGAUGAAUACACAAAGUUUUUCCAAGGCUAGUAGAAAAUAUAGCUCAACUCAUGAUCGAAUAAUAGUUACAACUAACAACUAUGCCUCAAUCCCAAAUAAGUUGAGGUCGGAUAGAUGAAUCCUCACUGUUCCAUUAAAGUUCAACUUAUGCAGUUAGUUGCUUUGCAUGACCAAAAUGAGAAAUAAAAAUACUGGAAUGCAUGUUGUGUUUCCAAGGCUUAGUAGAAAUUAUAGGAAGCUAGUUCAAAUUAACACAUGGUGGUGAUCUAUAUAUCUAUAUAAAAGCAGGUCAUAGGUCCGCUGACGUGGCGCAACACAGAUGCAGAGAUUGCAUUUAUCUUUUACCACAAUUUUUUGCAAAUUCCUUUGGAAAAAAAAAACCCCAAAACAUAAAACACUACCUUUCCUCGCUCGACGCAACAUUUCAAGUUUCCCUCCUCAGUUAUCUAUCCAAAUAUGGCACUUCAUCGGUGCCUCACGAUUUCCAGUUAGAAUUGGAAUCAGCACGGAAUUAGAAGACCUACACGUACAUUCAACUCCACAAUUAAACCUCUUCCAAGUUUAAUUGAUAGAUACACACAUUGGAGGCUCUGGUGGGGUUGCAAACUUGACCGUUUAUUGCUUCGGACGAAUGUUUGGCGGAUUAUUGCAGACCAUUUGUCCAUCAACGGCACCAAUGGAUUGGAAGAGGCUACACGAACUCACAGGGAAGAUACUACCUACAAGGAACAUCCCACUCACCAACAUGGACCCAAGGAUGCAUAUGUAAGGUUAGGCAAUGCAUGCAAGCUAUGGGAUUUAUUCAUUCCAGACAAACCCCGACUCUUGGACAUCAAGAUCUGUAUUUGUUCCUGAAGUAGGAAAUGAAAUUGUUGCAUGCAAUCGUGAGGGCAUCGGAAGUGAGGCAGAGACUGAAAAGAGAGAAGAAAUUUUGUUGGAACUUGAUCAGUAAUUAAGCUACUUGAGAUGUCCAGGAUUUUGACGGACAUGAACAGCUCACAAAUGCGGAUUCAAUAUCAGAAAAUAUAAAAAUAAAGCAAGAACAACUAAAAACCUAAAUUUAUAGAGGAGUUUUGCUACAUCCUUCAUGCAAAGAAGGACAACACAUAUAUUGGUUUUUGUAUAAAUAUUAUGUUCUCACAUGUAUGACUUUUGAAUAACAUUGUUAGGUAUGAACUCUUAUUAAUGCCAUCUUCUUUCUACUUUUUAGCU